AUGCUGUAUCGUUAUGGUAGCAGUGAGUUCUGGAACCAUGCAAUUGUUUUGCUCCACGAGAAAUUACGCUCAGACGCAAUGCUCCGGCCGUAUUUUGAAAGAAGAGGUCCGAAUGAAGUGCAAAUGAUUAAUUUUGCUAUUUUAAAAGCAGGCUUAGGCUACGCUGAAGAUAACUAUGAAGAGGUUAUUAGAUAUGCUCAUCAAGAUAGAGGAAUUACGCAAGAUCAGAUGACAAGGUUUGUCACUUACUUGCGGCAGACUUUAGAUGAAAUUGGAAUUGAGCCAGAAGAUAUAGAUAUCAUAGUUGGAAGAAUUUCUGGGUAUACUCCAUAUAUCAUAGAUGAAAAAGAAGACUAA